CAGAAGCACAUUUUGCUUACGAACCUGGAUACAAUAUAUUUUCAACUGGAACUUGAGCACAAAGGAACAUCAGCAGUCAGUAAGUACUAUCAAAAGAACUUUUAACCCUGAGUGGAUGUUAUUUUUACUGUAGCAAAACAAUGAAGAAAACUAAGAGACUAUGGAAUUAUGAACAGAGGGUUCUGCAAUACUUUAUCAUGAUGAUUGUUUGGAAAGCAGUUUCUGGGCAGAUCCAUUAUUCCAUUCCUGAGGAAAUGCCAAAAGGUUCUUUUGUGGGGAAUAUUGCGAAGGACCUAGGAACAGAUGGGAAACAGCUUUUAGAUCAUGGACUUCGUAUUGUCAUUAAUACAGGUACAAUUCAGUAUUUUGCUUUGAAUGUCAACCGUGGCCAUUUAGAAAUUUCUCAGUUAAUAGACAGAGAGGAAAUAUGCAGAGAGACAGAAAAAUGCAUAAUAAAAUUCCAGAUCCUUAUUGAAAGUAAACUAAAGCUUUAUGGAAUAGAAGUAGAAAUCACAGAUGUAAAUGACAAUGCUCCUCAAUUUCCCUCAAAGGAAUGGACAAUGAAAAUCAGUGAGAUAUCAGCAUUAAAAGAACAAUUUCCUCUACCAAAAGCUCAAGACCCAGAUCUGGGGAUAAACUCUGUACAAAAUUACCAACUCACAGGUAGUAACCAUUUUUCUCUGGAGAUGCAAAGAGGUGAAACUGGUGCCAGAUAUGCUAAACUGGUGUUGGAAAAAUCACUGGACAGGGAAGAGCAGUCAGUUUACGAUCUGAUCCUUACAGCUGUCGAUGGUGGCGAUCCCAUCAGGUCCAGCACAGUGCAGAUUCACAUCAUUGUUCUAGAUGCAAACGAUAAUGUACCCGUUUUCAGCCAACCAAUCUAUGAAGUGAAUCUCAAGGAGAACAUGCCCAAAGGGUCCACAGUAGCUGCAGUAACAGCCAUUGAUAUGGAUGAAGGAAUCAAUGGAGAAAUAAAAUAUUCUUUUGAGGAAUUAACCAAGAAGAAUCAAAAAAUGUUUCUGUUAAAUUCGACAUCAGGGGAAAUUAUCCUUGUGGGGAGCCUUGAUUUUGAAACAUCGUCAUCAUAUGAAUUCGAAAACGCCUGGCUCUCCUAUCAGCUGAUCAGAGCAACAGAACCGGGGCUCUUCACCCUGGGACUCCACACUGGAGAGAUCAGGACCGCUCGGCUGUUUCUGGAGAAAGACGCCCUGAAGCAAAUCCUGGUGGUUUUAGUGAAGGACAAUGGCCAACCGCCUCUCUCUGCCUCAGUGACUCUCACUGUUGUUCUGGCUGACAACAUCCCUGAAAUUCUCUCAGAUCUGAGCAGCAUCUCAGCUCCUGUAGGUCCUCAGUCAGAUCUCACAUUUUACCUGGUGAUCGCAGUGGCGUUUGUCUCCUGCUUGUUCUUCACAUUCCUCCUUGUCUUAUUGGCCAUCAGGUUGCACAGGUGGAGGAAUUCAAAACUGUUAGAGUCAGGAAGUGUACAUUUUAGUGGGGUUCCGGUGUCACAAUUUGUGGGGAUGGAUGGAGUCCGAGCCUUUCUUCAGUCUUACUGCCACACUAUUUCACUGACCAGAGAUUCUAGAAAAAGCCACUGCAAUUUUCAUAAGGAAAACUGUUCAAGUACUCUGACCAACCAACCUCUAACCUGUGGGGUGAGUGACCCUAUCCUAGCCUGUGGGGAUUUACAUUUGAAGAAUGAUGAGCAAAUCUUAGUCAAGCUAUUCCGGAAACAACAGGAUCAGCUAGUUAAGAUCAUUUUCUCCAAUAUUACUGCUAAAUACUGUGAAAUUGGAAAGUAUAACUGUAAGAAGAAAAAACAAAAAAGAAAGUCAAUAAGAGGGAUGGAAGCAAGCUACACAAAGGGAAUACAGGAAUUCAACUGGAGGCAAGUACUCUUUCUGUUCAUAUUCUGGUCUUUGGUCAACUGGGUGGUAUCUGAGCAGGUUCAGUACUCACUUCCAGAGGAAACAGAAAAACAUUCCUUUGUGGGGAACCUUGCUAAAGAUUUAGGGUUAGAUGUUGGACAGCUGCCAAAACGCAAACUUGCUAUCUCUUCAGAAAAGCAAUACUUUGCUCUGAAUGAGCAAAAUGGUGAUCUAUAUGUGAAUGACAGAAUAGACCGGGAAAAGAUUUGUGGAAAAUCACCUACUUGUAUCCUACAGUUAGAAGUUGUGGCACAUAAUCCUUUGAAUAUUUUCCAUAUAAAAGUGUUCAUCCUAGAUAUUAAUGAUAAUGCCCCAUAUUUCCGGAAGAAAAAUAUCAAUUUAAAGUUGAGUGAGUCUAAUUUGCCAGGGGCUCGAUUUGCCCUUGGAAAUGCUGAAGACGAGGACAUUGGAAUCAACUCCCUUCAAGAUUAUCAUUUGAGUUCAGCCUCAUAUUUCAAACUAGAAAUCCAAGAUAGCAAAGAUGGUGGCAAAUAUGCAGAAUUAAUUUUGCAAAAGCCACUGGACAGGGAAAAAGAGCGCAUGCACCACUUGAUUCUUACAGCUUCAGAUGGGGGACAUCCGGUGAAAACUGGGACUCUUAACAUAGAAGUUAAUGUUAUUGAUACAAAUGACAAUCCACCAGUUUUUUCCCAGGCAACCUACAAAGCAAGUCUGAAAGAGAACACACCAAGAGGGACUUCUGUGCUUCAAGUGAAAGCGUCUGAUCGUGAUGAAGGGUCAAAUGCUGAGAUAUCUUACAUUUUCUGCGAUAUUCCAGAACAUGUGAAUCAAACAUUUAAUUUGGAUCCCAUUGAUGGAACAAUUUCACUUAAAGAAAGUAUAGAUUUUGAGGACAAAGGAAGUUAUGUGAUGAUUAUACAGGCACGUGAUGGAGGUGGACUGGUGGGACAUUGCAAUGUAGAGAUUGAGGUUCUUGAUGAAAAUGACAAUGCUCCAGAAGUAAUUAUUACAUCUGUAUCCAGCCCUGUUCCUGAAGAUAUU